CCGGCCUCGCUGGUCCUCAGCUAUCAUGUUGUUUUGAUCCCUUGCUUAAGAUUAAAAAACGGAGCUUUGUCAAGCUGAAACCCUAGAGGCUUCUUUGAGCUCAGAGGACCAACUUCACGUCUGAUGAUCUGUUACUGUCUACUUGGCCAUGGCGAGGUCAAAGCAUUUCUCCACUAGUCGCGACGGCCGCUCGCGAAGGGGGUUCGGUUCAAAUCAAACCGCUGCUCAGAAGCAGAAACAAACAGAAUCCGUAGAUACUCACUCUGAGCCAGAAUCGAAUCACGCAGCAGUGGGUGGAGCAGAAAAUGCUGGGCAGCCUCAUGAAGGUGGAGCUCCACAUGGAGAGGCUGGGGAAGCGCACCAGCGCUCUAAACGCAGAUUCAAGCCGGGUACUGUUGCUCUUAGGGAGAUUAGGAAGCUUCAGAAAACUUGGAAUCAUUUAAUCCCCGCUGCACCAUUCAUAAGAAUUGUGAAGGAUAUGACAUUCUUUUAUUCACAGGAGGUUAACCGUUGGCAAGCUGAAGCUUUGGUUGCCAUUCAAGAGGCAGCCGAAAGCUAUUUAAUAGAGUUGUUUGAGGAUGCAAAUCUAUGUGCCAUUCAUGCAAAACGUGUGACCCUAAUGCAAAAGGACUUGCAUUUGGCACGGAGGAUUGCAGGAAGGCGGCAUUGGUGACAUUUUCAAAUUAUUUAGAGAACCAAAACUAUCGUUGUCGCUCGCUUUUAACAUUUCGUAUCUGGAGAACAAGCCUGCCAAAUUUUUAGAUUUCUCUAACGAAAACAGUUAUACUUUCAUUUUUUUGUAGUACCAUUGAUCAAUAGUUUAGCGUUUUCUUUUGUAAUUUUGGCAUCCCAUUUGAGUAGUAUACCACUUCUAGUUGGUUGGAUGUUGAUUUUUCUCCUGCGGUUCGAUUUGUAGAACACCUUUGUAAGCCCAAUGUUACUUAUUUUAUUUGAUAGAUUAAGGCUAAUUUCAUUGAGUUUUUCUUUUGC